AUGGGCGGUGGUGGAAAAACGAGUUUGGCAUUGACUUUAUGUGAUGAUCCCAAUAUCAAAGGUUGUUUCAGAAAUAUAGUUUUCAUCACUGUUUCACAAUCCCCAAAUCUGAAGGGAAUUUUAGAGACAAUAUGGGAGAAGAUCUUUAGGAGGAAUGUACCUGAGUUUCAGAAUGUGGAAGAUGCACAUAUACAGCUUCAACAACGGCUUUUAAAGCAAUCCAAGCCAACGCUGGUGGUGUUAGAUGAUGUUUGGUCGAGAGCUAAUUUGGAGAAAUUACUAUUUGAGGCUCGCGGGUACAAAACCCUUGUCACAACCAGAGACGGUUCUAUCAUCCCCAGAAACCCCUAUACUCGGCUAUAUCAAUUGCCAUUGUUGAACAAAGAGGAUGCUCUCUCACUUUUCUGCUUGUCAGCAUUUGGACAGACAUCAAUUCCAAGUACGACAGAUGCAAAUCUAGUCAUAGAGGUGCAAGAAGAAUGCAAGGGUUUACCUCUUGCUCUUACAGUAGUAGGAAGUUCUUUGUACGGGGAACCGCAUGUGGCCUGGGAGAAUGCAAAGAAAAUACUUGCCCUGGGAGAAUCACUAUCCUCAUAUCACAGCGAAGGGGUUUUUAGAUGCUUGGAAACCAGUAUUGAUUGCUUGGAUGAUGUUGGGAGGGAAUGUUUCUUAGAUUUGGGGUUAUUUCCAGAGGAAAAGAAAAUUUGUGCUGAUGCACUGCUGGACAUUUGGGUUUAUGUUCGGAAGAUGGAGUGGCAGGAUGCCUAUAUUAUGUUACUGGGACUUGCAAGAAGAAAUCUUCUGAAUCUAUCAAACAAUCAAGGAACUCAAGCAACAAUCUCGUAUAGAUGUGCCCCUGAGCUGUCCUUUUCGCAGCAUGAUGUGAUGCGAGACUUAGCCUUGUAUUUGGGAUGCCAGGACAGUAUUGUCCACAGAAAGAGGUUACUCAUGCCCGGGAAGGAGCAUUGCCUAUCAGAAGAAUGGGAGUUGCUUAGAGAUAGACAGGUCAAUGCUCAAAUUGUGUCUAUUCACACAGGUUCUAUGGCUGAGAAUGACUGGUAUGAGAUGAAUCUUCCGGAAACAGAGGCUCUGGUGUUACACUUUUCUGCAAGCGAAUAUUUUCUUCCUCCAUUUCUGAAAACUAUGAAAAAACUCACUAUUCCCAAACAGGGCAAAGUUAUCAAAACUUAG